AUGCGCUUUGACGAGAGACGGCAGCUUUCGCGGCUAGUAGAGGCUUUCAUUUCCCGGGCGAAUGCGAAGCAAAGACGUGGAAGAGCUGGACGUGUCCAAAAUGGAAUCUGUUUCCAUUUGUUCACCAAGUACAGACAUGAAAAAUCGGUAUGGCUUCUUAUCCAGAGGUUGGGCCCCAAUGCUGACGAUGUGUAG